AUGUCGUUCACUAUGAAAGAAGGUGGUUUUGGCGUGGGGGAUUAUGUGGCUUUUGGGGUGUUAUGUGCGUCUUCAUGCGCUGGAGGCGUUUGGUACAGCGCCGUGGGCUCCAGGAGUAAGGCUGUAGUGGAUUUAAAGGACUACCUCCUCGGAGGAAAGGCUAUGUCCACUUUUCCAGUCGCCAUGUCACUCAUCGCCAGUUACGUGUCAGGCGUGACGAUACUUGGCACUCCAGCUGAGAUUUACAAUUACGGCUCCGAGUAUUGGUUGGUGGUGGUGGGUGUGACUCUAAGCUGCUUGAUCGUGGCCACCGUCUACCUACCAGUGUUCUGUACUCUGAGACUUUCUUCCUCAUAUGAGGUAUUAUUUCUACCUAUGGUGGUAUACGUUCCUGCAUUAGCAUUUAAUCAGUUGACUGGUUUUAAUGUGUUCGCGGUUGGUGGUGUUAUGGUCCUCAUAUGUGGACUUUAUACAGUAUUAGGUGGUCUUCGAGCGGUUGUAUGGACGGAUUCCGUUCAGACAGGAGUCAUGUUUAUUGGUGUGUUACUUGUGGCUGCGGCUGGCACGCUCGCGGUUGGAGGCGUUGGCAAUGUAGUGAGCAUCGCUGACGAAUCCGGGAGACUUGAAAUCUCCAAUUGGAGCUUCUCUCCGUAUGAACGUCAAACUGGUUGGGGUGCGAUAUUCGGUGGUUUCCUAUACUGGACUUGCUUCAACUCAGUCAACCAGACCAUGGUUCAGCGUUACAUAGCUUUACCAUCAAAACGGAAGGCAAUUACUGCGCUCUUCAUUUUCUGUAUCGGCGCGAUCCUCGCUAUAUCUCUAUGCGUGUGGUGUGGUCUCGCGGCGUGGGGUGCCUGGGUCCAAGGUGGUUGUGACCCCAGCGGCUCUCCUCUAGUCGGUGACCAACUACUACCAGCGUUCGUGACCUACGUCGCUCAAGUCCAACACCUGCCUGGCCUCUCCGGAGUAUUCCUCGCUGGGGUCUUCGGAGCUGGAUUAAGUUCCCUGUCAGCGGUACUGAACGCGUGUGCCCUGGUGGCUGUAGAGGACCUCCUCCAUGGCUGGUUGCGUCUCCGCCUGCCUCCCGUGGUUGAGGGCGUGUUAGCUCGCUCCGUGACCGCGCUCCUCGCUGUCAUCUCACUACUGAUGCUAAUCGUCAUACAGAAACUUGGAGGUGUUCUUGGCGUGGCGACAGCGUUAUCAGCGAUUGCUGCCAGUUCCACGUGUGGUAUCUUCACGCUGGGCAUGUCGUGUUGGUGGGUCGGUCCUCGCGGGGCGGCGGCGGGGGCCGCGGCCGGAGCCCUACUAGCCGGGGCGGUGUCCCUCGGCAGUCAGGCUGCCGCCGCUGAAGGACUGAGAGCACUACCGAGAAACUUCACUGAAGCUUGUGCUGCUAACGCUACUUUCACACCAGAACAGACCAUCGAUCCAACAACAAUAUUUCCUCUAUUCCGUCUAUCGUAUCACUGGAUCGCCCCACUCGGUCUGUUGGCCACUAUUAUAGUUGGCAUGAUAGUGGGCUGGUUGUUCGACAAGCCGGAUCCAAGUAAAAUGGACGCGGAACUGUUCACGCCUGUAGUGUGGAAGUUAUUACCUAAGGAGGCUCAUGAGAACGCUGGAAUGACGCGCCAGGCGCUGCCCGUCAAAGAAGCAGAGUCACCCGCACCCUCUGCCAGGCUUAUACUGGAACAACUUCCAGAUAAGGACAAUGCGGCAUUGUCCGCGUGUCCAGCAGUGUUUGCCUUUAUUAAUUCGGGUGGGCGUGGCGUGGUGUGGGCGUGGCGAGGCGGUCUGUCAGUGGAGGCCACUCCCACCGGCGCCGCGCACUCCGGCGGGAAACCUCACGGUUCCUCAGUCGCUCUGCUGACGCGACGUCAACAGCCCACCUCCGCGCUGUCCCCGGGAUAA